AUGUCCACUCCAUCUGUCCAGACUUUUGGUAAGAAGAAGACCGCUACUGCCGUUGCCCACGUUAAGGCCGGUAAGGGUUUGAUCAAGAUUAACGGUUCUCCAAUCACCUUGGUGCAGCCAGAGAUCUUGCGUUUCAAGGUUUACGAGCCAUUGACUUUGGCUGGCUUGGACAAGUUCCAGAACAUCGACAUCAGAGUCAAGGUCACCGGUGGUGGUCACGUCUCUCAGGUGUACGCUAUCAGACAGGCUAUUGCUAAGGGUUUGGUUGCUUACCACCAGAAGUACGUUGACGAGGCUUCCAAGAACGAGCUCAAGAAGAUCUUCGCUUCUUACGACAAGACCUUGUUGGUUGCUGACUCUAGAAGAAUGGAGCCAAAGAAGUUUGGUGGUCGUGGUGCCAGAGCCAGAUUCCAGAAGUCUUACCGUUAA